CACUGGGUCUGGUGGGAUUGAUUGCCCGAAGCUCCCGACUGGCAGAUUGAUUGCUCGAGUGAUCGAUCGGUUUCAUUUGGUUGUUAAUAUCGAUCAGUCAUUGAUUCAUCCACACGGCCUUAUCUGGCUGCACCGGGGAAUUUUGAACGGUCCUUCAGCUAUAUCGGGCUCACCAUUCAACCCCCUUGCGUGGCCGUUCAUCUGAUUUCGUUGUCUCUGGUUGGUCGUUCGAUAUUGUGGAUAUUGAAGUUGACUCUGUUCUUGCAUUCCUCCCCUCCCUUACUCUCCCUUCUUUUGUCGCCCCUCUUCGUUCCUCUUUCCCGUUUCUCUCUUCCUCUUACCAACUAGCACCUCCACUCCUCGUGUAUGGACUGAGGGAGGUGUGACUGUGGGUCAUGUCCGUCAACUCUCCCCCCGCUCAACCCUCCUCGUCGCCGCUUGGUCGGAAUCGCAGCUCUCUCUUACACAAGUUUCGUUCGUCACUCGGUCAGCGCAGUCGCAGCCUUACUGAUUUCUACAUCGAGCCCGACGACCCCUGGCGUUCAUAUUUCCCGGGGGAUGUGAUCAAGGGGACUGUCGUCCUUACCGUCGCUCGUCCCGUUCGCAUUACACAUCUCGUGGUUUGUUUACAUGGUUAUGUCAAGGUCUUUAAGAAUACAGUUCCCUCCGGGGAGACGGCCCCGGACGUGGGAUUUCUCGGGCCUGGGCGCGGGCGCCGAGGAGCAGAGUAUUUGGGCAAUGGGUUGGCUACGCUGUUCGAAGACGAGGUCGUCCUCUGCGGAGAGGGCCGCCUUAAGGAGGGGAUCUACAAGUUUCGCUUUGAGAUGGUCUUCCCGCCAUAUGCCCUCCCCAGUAGCAUCAGUUUCGAACGAGGCACCAUUGCCUAUAUGCUUACGUCCACCCUAACGAAACCUACCACCAUCAACCCAACCGUUUCCUGCCGCCGACGUGUGAACCUCAUGGAGAAUAUUGAUAUCGCUCCCUUUCCCGCCCCGAAAGCCCGUGUUGUGACACUGGAGCCGGUCUCGAAGCGCACGCGAUCGAAGGCAAAGGCGAAAUCGACAAGCUCGGAUGCAGCACCGGAUUCAACGUCGGUCGAUGUCUCGGUCAGUGGUGCAGCGGGUUCGGACCAUCGCCCUCCGUUAAGUCCCGCUCCUAGUAACGUCAGCUCGUCGAGUCGGAUGAGCAACAGCAGCCAAAGUUUCCAAAUAGCCAGUGACCCAAGCUCGUCAGCCGGCACUGGACUGCGAAAUAGUGAAGCGCGCAGUCUCACGCCCUCCUUAGGGGAUAAGACCAUCACGGCUAAAACAGAGGUUCUGCGCGCGGGCGUGCUUCCUGGAGAUACAUUACCCAUCAAAGUCACCAUCAACCAUUGCAAACAGGUACGCAGCGCACAUGGGAUUAUUAUCACACUCUAUCGCCAAGGACGGAUAGACCUUCACCCGUCGAUUCCCGUUGGGAACUCCGCGAAUGGGAAGAAGCCCGUUUAUGAGGACAUCUAUCCGCGAUCCCGAACGGGAUUGGGCGGUCUGACGAUCGGCACCAGCCGGUCCAGCAGCGUCUUCCGGAAGGACUUGGCGCAGACGUUCGCUCCGUUGGUGGUCGAUCCCACCACCUUGACGGCCAUCGUGAAAACAUCCAUCCGCAUCCCCGAAGAUACGUUCCCCACUAUCACGCGGACCCCGGGGAGUAUGAUUAAUUUCCGCUAUUAUGUCGAGGUUGUGGUCGAUCUUCGCGGCAAGCUCACCUCGCCCGAGCGGUUCUUGCCGCGGUUCAACUUGGUCACCUCUGGCAGUAAUUAUUCUCCCAGUGGCAAGAUCCUGAAUCCGACCGAUGCCAACAGCAACGCCAUCACGGCGAAUUGGGCGGGGAACAUCCUAGAUACCGACCAAAUCCGGCGAGAGAAAGGUGUCGUCGCCGUCGCCUUUGAGGUGGUGAUCGGAACGAGGGAUUCCCAUCGCCGGAAAAACGAACCACGACGCGCCUCCUCAACCGCGGCGAGCUCGGAUCUGCAGUCCUCAGGCGGAAAUGCUCAAGGGGAUGGGGACCAUUGGCCGGCAGAUCAGCACUCUGUGCCCAAUGGGGAAUCCGAAUAUCCGUCACCGGAAGAGUAUGGGCCGCAGGAGCUGUUCUGGCCGGAGUACGGGGACGAGUCGCAGCCGCAGUACCAGUCAUUGGGCGAGAUUGUAUCGACUCCCCAAUCAGAAGAACCGAUAGACGAAAAGGCGCGCAUGCGGCAUGCGGAGCAGAUGCUGCUUCCCAGUCAACCGCCGAAUGAGGCGGAAGCUGGACCGUCGACCGAUGUUCCCACGGCUCCUGUGCUUCCCGAGGAUGAUCACAUCAACGGCUACCAUCAUUUACCCUCACCGACUGAGAACACGGUGCCGCAAGCGUUGACUUCAGCAGAAUCAGUUCAAACAGUCGUGCCCGGCAGUAGUGCUCUGAGUCAGCCUUCCGCACCAAGCGAUGACAAACAAGAGCUGGAGCGACAACGGUUACAGAUGGAGGCGAGCGCGCCAGACGAAAAUGGACCGUCCCAUAGCAAUGCCGCCGAUGGACCGAGCGCUCCCGUCUUCCAUGACGAAGGCGAUCACCAGCUGGUUGGUGGCAAUGCGCACGGAGACGAGUCAUUGCCGCGCUAUCAACGGUAGCACAAUACGACGGGCUAGCGAUCCACUUUGAUUUUCUUUAUGAUAUUUAUUUGCAUUUACGGUUGGGUUAACCCGGAGAUACCACCACGUUGGCAUGAUUUUGAAGUAUAUUUAUUCUACAUUAUAUUUCUUAUUGUCUGAAAACAUGGCUUCCCCAGAGGAAGUACACAUCGGCGUUAGGUUUGGCAUAGCGGCAGGCUAUCUGCUCUGCAGUGAAUACAUCGUAUAGCAUACAUAACUGUCUCUACUCUGUAUGGGUAGCUUCACAAAAGAUAGUUCGACUUCAAGCUUCACUUAUAUAAUUCACGAUGAAAACCCUAGGUGAAGAAAC